CCGGUUUGUGUCAACACAGCUGAUCGACGCCAAAGCAACAUCAGCAGCGGAUUUGGCGUCUCUCAUAAAACAUUAAAUUUCGCCGUAAGUCCGUAUUUCAAGACGUUUUUUGAGCUUUGGAGGAUGUGAUUUGUACAAAUGAGGAGCCUGUCUAUGGCUGAGAAUAAGAGAGAGCUGACUGCAUGCAACCAGACGGGUUGUUCAGUAUGGCACAAGGGGCUCCUGUUGUGAAUUGGUUAGGUGAUUGCUGCAGCCUCCACAUAUUACACUCCGGCAAAGGCCAGCAUACCUCCAACCAGAUUUAUCUGGGGAGACAGAACUUGGACUGGUUCCUGAAUUGAUGAUAUAGAGGCAGGACCUACAUGAAUCUAAAUCCGUCAUGCUAAUGUACUGCGAAGAUCCAUCGAGUUUCUGUUCAUUGGUUCUGAACAUUACCAGCGCAACUGGCAACUUUAUAGGGAAUCAGCUGGAUCUUUUGUACCUAGGAUGGGUCGCAUCGCUAUUAUAUCCUGCCAUUCUAGUGUUUAUCAUUCUACCUUCACUGAUAUUGGUGUUGCUCUACAUAUCUGCAUUCCUGCUGUACAUAUACAUGCGAAGAAAAAAAGUGUACAAUGUCCUGAAUGAAACACUACAUCGUGACCCUUGGGCAAGUGGACGCUACCUGAUAUCACUCCUUUGGGAUGCUCAUGGCUACAUCUGGCAUGGGUAUGAAGUCCGUGGCCUUGAGAACCUCCCAGAUGAGGGCCCAUGCCUGAUUAUCUACUACCAUGGUGCUAUACCCAUAGAUAUCUACUACCUUGUAGCCCGAACCAUCCUCACUAAAGGCAGGCUGAUCCACUGUGUUGGAGACCGAUUUUUGGAGAAAGUGCCAGGUUGGAAAGUUAUACUCGAAGCAUUCCACAUCACUCCAGGGACCAUAACAUCAUGUGUACAAACGCUCUCUGAAAACAACAUCUUAUCAAUAUCCCCCGGAGGAGUGCGCGAAGCCCAGUUCUCUGACCACAAUUACCAGCUCAUGUGGGGGAACCGCACUGGAUUUGCGAAGGUGGCGAUAGAAUCAAAAUCGCCAGUUGUCCCCUUGUUCACGGAGAACCUGAGAGAAGCAUUCCGCACAGUCUCAUGGCCGCAGCGUCUCUGGAUUGCUCUCUAUGAAAAGCUGAGAUUCCCCAUAGCACCCAUAUAUGGGGGAUUUCCAGUCAAGCUUCGAGCACACCUAGGAGAACCCAUCUACCACAGAGAAGGUGAGACAGUGGAAGAACUAGCCCAGCGGAUCAGAGCAAGCUUGAACAGCCUGAUUCAGAGGAAACAGAAGCUUCCAGGAAACAUACUAAGGGCUCUGCUAGCGAGGUUUUACGAACCUACGAAGAAUGAAUAGUUGCGAUUGGGGGUAAAUUUGUUGUGUGUUUGAAGAGAAUAGUAUUUAUGGGAGAGCAAUCAUUACAUUGUUGUUAAGAAUUAAUAUGUUUUGUGUGCAUUUCAUUAAUGUAGCAGACUAUGAUUCUGUGAUAUUGCUGGCUCUGUUCAUUCCAGUCAUUUUGUUGAUGAUUACAAGAUAAUAUAUUCUAUUCCAUGGUUAAAAUACAAUAUUUUAAAGUCUAUUUUGUAUUUAAUUUAACUAAAAUAAUAACAAGUAAAGAAAAUAUAGUGAGUGCAUUUUGUCCUCCUCUCCUCUCCACUUUCUUUAUCUGAUUCUUUCUCCCUCGCCUUCUGCCUUUUCCUUUCCCAUUCCUGCUGCCUCUCUCUCCCUCUCCUCCCCACUCCUUCUCCAUGUCUCCCUUCUUUUCCCCUUUCCCUCCCAUUUCCAUAUCCAUCCCCAUCUCCCUUGCUCUCUCUCCUUUCUGCUGCCUGUAUUACAUGUCUUGACAUAAUAAACGAGAAUUAGUUUCAGUGAUAAGACUAAAGUUAAGAUGAAUGAUUGAUAAAGUAAACAAUAUUCAUUCAAUAAAUUUUGUUGCUUGAUCUUUAACUGAGUUAUUUAAUCACAAUUUGGAAAUUUCUGUUUAACAAUUCUAAUAAUUGUGAGAUUUUUUCCUAGGCAUGGAAAGAAAGACAAAAUAUAUAUAUAUAAAUAGGAUUUUUUAUUUUUUUAUAUAGAUGUUAGAUAUAUAAAUAUACAAGAUAUAGGCAUCAUUCAGCCAGUGAGUGUGUGUAUGGUUAAGCACUGAAACAAGAACAAAAGUUUGGCUUUCCUAUCUGUCGCAAAUCUGUUCCUCGGCUUUGAAUAAAGAGGCUUAUAAGA